AUUACCAAACUGCCCCUCCUCCUCCCGCGAUUCGGAUCUCCCUCCGGUCACGGCGAUCUGGCCCGGCCGGCGGCGAGCGACGGAGCGAGCGCGAUGGCCGCCGCCGCCGUGACGCUCCCGCGGGUGGUGGUGGCGUCGGCCGCGCUCAGGGCCGCGCUGCUGGCGCUCGGGGAGUGGCAGGACGCGCACCUGGAGGUGAGGUACACCGACGUCGACUACCUCGUCUUCUCCGACGCCGCGGCCUCCGUCGCCGCGGGCGGAUCCCCCUUCGCCCGCGCCACCUACCGAUACUCACCGCUCCUCGCCUACCUGCUCCUCCCCAACUCGCUCCUGCACCCCGCCUGGGGGAAGCUCCUCUUCUCCGCCGCAGAUUUGCUUGUUGGCUUGUUCAUUGACACCAUUCUCAAACUACGUGGAAUCCCUGAGAGAACUCGGAUCUGGUCUGUUGUAGCUUGGUUAUUCAAUCCCUUCACGUUCACAAUUGGCACAAGAGGAAAUUGUGAGCCUAUAGUCUGCGCUGUCAUACUCUGGAUUCUGAUAUGUUUGAUGAAUGGUAGAGUAUUGCAGGCAGCAUUCUGGUAUGGUCUGAUUGUGCACUUCAGAAUAUAUCCUAUCAUAUAUGCAAUUCCUUUUGUUAUAGUUCUGGGCAAGGGUUAUGCUGCUCCUGCUGGAAGGCCUAUUCUUACACAGUGGACUGCUAAGCAACAUUUGCAAAGUAAUAAACCCAGUCCAUGUGUGGAAGGAGCAAUGCCAUUGUUGGCCAGUUUAUGGAAUUUUCUGCGAAGCCUCAUAACAAGAAAUACAAUCUAUUUUGGAUUACUCUCAGGAUCUAUGUUCUUUCUCUGGACUGGUGUUUUCUUUUAUCUUUAUGGAUGGGAAUUCUUAAAUGAAGCACUACUUUACCAUCUUUCUCGGACUGACCCGAGGCAUAACUUCUCAAUAUAUUUCUACCACAUAUAUCUGCAUCAUCAGCAAGGGUUCUCAAGUAUACAUAAGCUCACUUCUUUUCUGCCACAGCUGAUUGUGCAGUUGGCACUCAUUCUGCGCUUUUCUAGGGAUCUUCCAUUUUGCUUGUUUCUCCAAACGGUUGCAUUUGUUGCAUUUAACAAGGUGAUGACAGCGCAGUAUUUUGUGUGGUUCUUUUGCCUGCUGCCGCUCAUCCUCCCUUGGACUACCAUGAAUCUGAAGUGGAAGGGACUGUCCUGUGUACUUGUGUGGAUGGGGUCCCAACUUCACUGGCUGAUGUGGGCAUACUUGCUUGAAUUCAAGGGCCGAAACAUCUUCAUACAGCUCUGGGCAGCAGGUCUCGUGUUCCUGGCUGCAAACGUCUUUGUUAUGCUCAUGGUGAUCAAGCACCACCGGUUCACUCCGUUCUUCUCAUCACCAUCCGUGAAGUCUGCAAGCAAGAUUAAUUCCAAGAAGGAAUAGCGUGCUAGCCUUUUCUUUCUUUCUUUUUUUUUUAUAAAAACUUUACCAGCUGAGUAUUUCUGAAGACACGGAUCCUGAUCUCUCUUUGAUAUGCUGAAUCUUAUGCGAUUUGCAUCAUGUAAGCUGUAACUUAAAAUUAGGCUGUAUGUUACUAAAGUGAGAUUGUUUAGUCA